ACAUUGUAUCUCGAGUAUAACGACAAGUAACAUUAAAAAUAAAGCGCGCAUUCAAAUAAAAUUUGUCACAAUGAAGUCAAAGUAUUGUCUCACAAUUCUAUUAUGCAUUUUUGUGUCAGUCCAAGGCAAAAUUAUUUCACGCAUCAUAGGCGGCAAUGACGCUCCUGCCGGGAAAUAUACCUACCAGGCAUUUAUAAAAGUUGGAGACAGCUUUCAAUGUGGAGCCUCCAUCAUUGGCAAACGUUACAUAUUGACAGCAGCUCACUGUGUUUCUGGUCAAAAAACGAAAGAAAUGAAAAUCGUAGUAGGCACGAUUUCACGACUUGAUUAUAAGAACGGAGUAGAGUAUGGUGUGAUUGGUUAUGAAACGCAUCCAGAUUUUCGGUAUCCAAGCAUUGUGGCUCCUAUCAACGACAUAGCCUUAAUUCGUCUAGCAAAGGACAUUGAAUACAACGAAAGAAUACAACCAGUAAGACUCGCUACUAAAGACGAUGAAAAAAAUCUCAAGUCCGCUGUUUUGACAGGCUGGGGAAGUCUCAAGUACAUGGGAGCUUCGCCAGUUACUCUGCAAGAAAUUAACUUGGAAUUCAUGGACCAAGACAAAUGCGCAGAAAAAUGGUUGAGUUACAAAAAAGUUACCAUUGUAGAGAACAACAUUUGUACUCAUUCGCCGAAAGGAGAAGGUGCUUGCAACGGUGAUUCUGGCGGUCCACUGGUCGUCGAUGGUGUGCAAAUUGGUGUUGUCUCUUUCGGUGGUAUGCCAUGCGGAAGAGGCGUUCCCGAUGUAUUCACCAGAGUAUCCAGUUACCUCGAUUGGAUUAAUAGAUUUACCUAUUAGAUAAACAUAAACUGUAGUUUAUAGUAUUUAUUUAUUUAUUGUAGCAGUAAGAUAAACAAAUUAUUUUUUUAAU